GCUAGUUGCAGAUUUUCAUUUGCGCAUUUCUUUAUAGGCCAUUCCUUUGUUGGGGUGAUUCGAUAAAGAGUUUUCAGUAUUAAUCUGGGAUUCGUAAAGGCUCUUAAUUUCUUUGCUGCUCUAUUUAGAGAAACUAGGUGGAAAUUGCCUUUUGUCUUUUUUCUUUUUUCUUUUCUGUUGGAGAUGUCAUUUCAACAUCAAUUGGGGUAUUUUUUAAAAUAUCUUUCUUGAAGUCUUCGAGUUUGUAUUUGCAAUUGUUGUCUGGAGGUACCAUUGGAAAGGCGGUUUAUGCUGUUCAUUUUGAUGAGCUUUGUUUGUUUGCUGUUAUAGAAUUUAAAAAGUUGUGAAUUUGCAGAUGAGAAUUAUACGGUCUUCAAGCUGCUGAUUGAACUAGUGUCUGAUCGUUCCGGAUGAUUUAUUGGUAUUCGAACUGCCUAUUGAUUGUGUAAUUAAAUUCCUGAAUUCAGUUUUAAUGGAUUAUUCAUUACUUUAUUGAGCAUGGGGUAGCACUUUUCUAAGUUCGUAUGGCAGUUUAAAAGUUUACCCAUUUUAUUGGGAUCAAUUCAAAUGAAAUUGUGAGAUUUUGUGGAGCUUUGAGGUGUUUGUUUGUUAGUGUCAGUAAUCAAUAUCAGAGUAAUGAUUAAUUAUCAUUUCAUAAAUAUUUCGAUUUUCAAAUUAUUUUAUUUUUCAUAAAUAUUUUAAUUAAAUUAAAAAUUUUCAUGUGUUUCUAGAAAUUAAAGCACGAGCAACUAGAAAAGUCAGAUCUCCAGAUGAACUUUUUUUAGAGGUUGCCAUUCAAAUAUCAUUUACAGAAAAUUUAAUGAAAAAAUUUAUUGAUGAAAUUUUAUUUUUAGUUAGAUAUGAAUUUGAAUCAAAUUCACAAAUCAAAAUUAUUUUAAAAUAUUUAAAUGGGCCGAUCGAUUUAUAAAAAUGAGAAUCUCAUUUUAAGACGACAAAUUGUACUUUUAAUUUUAAAAAAAAAAUAUUAUCUAAAUGCUUAUCAAUGAAAGGCUAAAUUCCGUAAUUUUCAAAACGUGAAAUAAUGUUUCUUAGUUUCGCGUGAGGUUGUGUUUUCAUUCAUUGUUCCAUUUCAACAAAAUUUGUAUUUUGUCCGUUUUCGCUGAACAUUGCAUGAUUACUGAGUCAUUUUUUGAGUUCGAAAUGCGAGAAAUAGUUCAUAUUCAAGCUGGACAAUGCGGUAAUCAGAUUGGGGCAAAGUUUUGGGAAGUAAUUUCAGAUGAGCAUGGCAUCGACCCAACUGGUACUUACCAUGGAGAUUCUGAUUUACAGUUGGAACGAAUAAACGUCUACUAUAACGAAGCAACAGGAGGUAAAUAUGUCCCCAGAGCUGUCUUGGUGGAUUUGGAACCAGGCACUAUGGAUUCUGUGCGAUCAGGGCCUUUUGGCCAACUUUUCCGGCCAGAUAAUUUUGUUUUUGGUCAGAGUGGAGCUGGCAAUAAUUGGGCCAAAGGUCACUACACCGAAGGUGCCGAAUUGGUGGAUUCUGUGCUGGAUGUGGUUCGCAAAGAAGCGGAAGGCUGCGAUUGCUUGCAGGGUUUUCAGCUGACCCACUCCCUCGGAGGGGGCACUGGAUCUGGAAUGGGAACCCUCAUGAUCUCCAAAAUCAGGGAAGAAUAUCCAGAUCGCAUUAUGAAUACUUUCAGUAUAGUGCCUUCGCCCAAGGUUUCUGAUACUGUAGUCGAGCCUUAUAAUGCCACUCUUUCCGUACAUCAGUUAGUAGAAAACACUGAUGAAACGUUUUGCAUUGACAACGAAGCUCUUUAUGACAUCUGCUUUAGAACUUUAAGGCUGACCACCCCAACUUAUGGCGACCUGAACCACCUGGUGUCAGCCACCAUGUCUGGAGUAACAACAUGCCUCCGAUUUCCAGGGCAGCUGAACGCAGAUUUACGAAAACUGGCAGUCAAUAUGGUUCCAUUUCCACGGUUGCACUUCUUCAUCACAGGAUUUGCUCCUCUCACGUCCAGAGGCAGUCAGCAAUACCGGGCACUCACCGUUCCAGAACUUACCCAGCAAAUGUUUGAUGCCAAAAACAUGAUGGCCGCUUGCGAUCCCAGGCAUGGACGAUACUUGACGGCUGCAGCUGUAUUCCGUGGCCGCAUGAGCAUGAAAGAAGUGGACGAGCAGAUGCUUAACGUGCAGAACAAGAACAGCAGCUACUUUGUGGAGUGGAUUCCCAAUAACGUGAAGACUGCCGUCUGCGAUAUACCGCCAAGAGGUCUGAAGAUGUCCUCCACAUUCAUAGGGAACAAUACGGCCAUACAGGAGCUGUUCAAGAGGAUUUCCGAACAGUUUACGGCCAUGUUUCGUCGCAAGGCGUUCUUACAUUGGUAUACUGGAGAAGGCAUGGACGAAAUGGAGUUCACGGAGGCCGAGUCAAACAUGAACGACCUUGUAUCCGAAUACCAGCAAUAUCAAGAAGCGACUGCUGAAGAAGAAGGCGAAUUCGAAGAAGAGGAAGCUGCAUAGAUUUUCAUUAAGAAAAAAAAAUUUCAUCAGACCAGUUUUCAUCAUCCAGUUUAAAAAAAGUUUCAAAUUAUUAUAUUCAGAUUCUAAGUUUCAAAAUCUGACACUGAUUUCGGUUUCUUCUUUUGUUGUUGAAACUGUAACAUAUUUGAUUGAAGGAUCUAAAUUUUACAUUCAUUUAUAACUGUGAUUUUCAUGCAGCGUGCUUGCACUCAAAAUGAAAUACGUUUGUACUAGAUGCACAAGAGAUUUUGUUGAAGAUCUUGUGAGAAGAAUAAAAUAUGUUUUCCUUCA